AUGGCGCGCAGAAGAACGAAGAAGAGAACGCACGUCGGGGCCAAUAACCCGCAGACGGACUCGGCCGGUCAUGCAUCGGCGCGCGAUCCCAAGAGCAUGGUGAUUCGCAUCGGCGCCGGCGAGGUUGGAGCGAGCAUCAGCCAGCUUGCAACCGACGUCCGAAGGGUGAUGGAACCCGGCACGGCGAGCCGGUUGAAGGAGCGGAGGGCCAACCGGCUCAAGGACUACGUCGUCAUGUGCGGCCCCCUCGGCGUCACCCACCUCAUGCUCUUCUCCCGCUCCGAGGGUGGCAACACGAACCUCCGGAUCGCCAUGGCCCCUCGAGGCCCUACCUUGCAUUUCCGGGUCGAAAAGUACUCCCUGUGCAAGGACGUCCAGAAGGUUCAGCGGCACGCUCGCGGCGGCGGCAAGGAGUACCUCACCCCGCCUCUGCUCGUCAUGAACAACUUCGCCACGCCCGGCGCCGAUGCCAAAUCGAAAGUGCCCAAGCACCUCGAAUCCCUCACCACGACCACCUUCCGAUCUCUCUUCCCCGCCGUCAAUCCGCAAGCGACGCCGCUCAAGUCGAUCCAGCGAGUCCUGCUGCUGAACCGGGAAAAGUCGGACGAGGAUGAUGGUACCUUCAUCGUCAACUUUCGACACUACGCCAUCACGACAAGAUCGGCUGGCGUUUCCAAACCGCUGCGGCGCAUCAAGGCUGCCGAGCAAUUCCUCGCCACCAAGACGAGCCGCCACAGCAAGAUGCCGAACCUCGGGAAGCUCGAGGACAUCGCCGACUACAUGAUCGGAGGCGAAGAGGGCUCCGGAUACGUCUCGGACGCCACCAGCGGCAGCGAGGCCGACACAGACGCCGAGGUUGAGGUCCUCGAUACGGCUCCGAGGAAGGUCCUCUCCACCAAGGCGCGCCUCGCCGCCGAGGCAAAGGGCGAGGAGGGCGUCGAGGAGGAGGAGGAGGAUGCGGUGGAGAGGCGAGCGGUCAAGCUGGUCGAGCUCGGCCCCCGCAUGAGGCUGCGACUGACCAAGGUUGAGGAGGGCCUGUGCUCGGGCAAAAUCAUGUGGCACGAGUACGUUCACAAGAGCGCCGAAGAAGUCAAGGAGCUCGAGAAGCGAUGGGAGAAGAGGAGGCAGGAAAAGGAAGCCCGCAUCCGGGAGCAAAAGGCCAACGUCGAGCGGAAGAAGGCGACCAAGGCUUCGAACAAGAAGGCCGGCGAGGGUGACGGCGACGAGGAGGAGGAGGAGGAGGACGACGACGACGACGAUGAGUACUACAGUGACAUGGAGAUGGACGAGCUUGACAGCGAGGGCCUAGCAGGCGAUGCCGAGUACAAGGUGAACGAGAAGAUGGAGGAGGACGGCGAGUGGGAGGAGGAAGAAAAGGAGAUUGGGAGGGGCCGUUGA